AUGUCCAAGGCUGACGCCCCAAUGUUAAAACAUUCACACACCAGAGAGCAGCCUGGACAUGACAUCUUUGGCACUCCUCGCAACGAUGCAUUCUGCGACGCUCAUGUUUACGACAUUUUAGAUUCAUCUAAGCGCAAGGUUCGUCUUCUUAGGAUUUUGCCGGACCAUGGCGCUGGCUUGGUUGACUGCGAAAUGCUCUGCAAGAAGCCCCUCAAGACCAUACGCGGAACAUACUCUGCACUGUCAUACUGUGCCGGCGUCCCAAACAAGACUCAGUGGAUCACUGUCAAUGGAGUCAAAUUCAGAGCAUUUGCCAAUUUGGUACAAGCUCUGGCAGAAGCGCGCUAUUUCUGGAAGAAGAUGUAUGGAUCGAAGGAAUUCCUCCUCUGGGUAGAUCAGCUGCAUCGACCAGUAAAAUAUUUCCGAAAGAUCUCAACAAGUUGGGCUUAUGCGAGAUAUAUAUUCGUGCGCAGUGGAAGUUCUUAUAUGCCUGUCAACAAAAAAUGUCAGUGGCCGAGGCAUCCAAUGGUUACGGAGCUUGAAUCAACGCGUCCCUCGACAAGAUAA